ACCCGGCGGGGUCAUCGGGUGCCCGAAGCCCAGCACGGGGAUGCCCCCAGCCCCACCGAGGCGCAUCCCACCCCGCUAGACCGCUCUGCCCCGGCUUGGGGCUGGGAGAACUGGGUCAGCGAUGUAACCAUGGAGAUGCUGAAGGAGAUGCUGAAGCAGCGCCAGCACAGCCCCGCUCUCCAGAACCCUUUAAAGAUUAACCAGACCCGUCACCCUCCGUCUCCAGCCGGGGAUGGGGCUGGGGGGCUGAGCCUCCUCGGCGGGGACAGCGCUGCCCGGUCCUCCUCCACCCGCGCAGGGCGCUGAUCCCACCCAGCAGAGCCGGGGCCGGCGAACGUGCGAGCGGCUGACCAUGUUCAACGGGGAUGCCAGCUCCUCGGCGGCCAGGAAUGUCGUCCGCAGCUCCAGCAUCAGCGGCGAGAUGUACAACAUCGAGAAGAGCACGCGGGGCAGCGCCGACUCCGUCACCAUCACCGCCAGCAAGAAGAGGCGCUCCAGCCUGGGCGCCAAGAUGGUGGCCAUCGUGGGGCUGUCCCAGUGGAGCAAGAGCACGCUGCAGCUCAACCAGACCGAGGGCGGCCCCAAAAAGCUGCGCAGCAACAUCCGGCGCAGCACGGAGACCGGCAUCGCGGUGGAGAUGAGGACCAGGGUCACCCGGCAAGGCAGCCGGGAGUCCACCGACGGCAGCACCAACAGCAACAGCUCCGACGGCACGUUCAUCUUCCCCACGACCCGGCUGGGCGCCGAGAGCCAGUUCAGCGACUUCCUCGACGGGCUGGGGCCGGGCCAGCUGGUGGGGCGGCAGACGCUGGCCACCCCGCCGAUGGGCGAUGUCCACGUCGGCAUGGCUGACCGGAACGGGCAGCUGGAGGUGGAGGUGAUCCAGGCGAGGGGACUUAUCCCGAAGAUGGGCUCCAAGUCCAUCCCUGCCACCUACGUGAAAGUUUACCUGUUGGAGAACGGCGUCUGCCUGGCCAAGAAGAAGACCAAGGUGGUGAAGAAAACCUGUGACCCGUCGUACCAGCAGCCUCUGCUCUUCGAGGAGAGCCCCCAGGGCAAAGUCCUGCAGGUGAUCGUCUGGGGAGAUUACGGGCGCAUGGACCACAAGUGCUUCAUGGGGAUGGCCCAGAUCGUCUUGGAGGAGCUUGAUCUCUCCAGCGUGGUCGCGGGCUGGUACAAACUGUUCCCCACCUCCUCGCUGGCCGACUCCAGCAUCGGCCCUCUGACGCGCCGCCUCUCCCAGUCCUCCCUGGAGAGCUCCACCAGCCCCUCCUGCCCGUAGGCGGCAGGGUGGUGGGAGAGGCCGGGAGGGGAACGGAGACAUCCUGACCUAUCAAAACUGUUAGUGGAUAGCUGUAAAUAUCCCGUCCUUUUUUUCUUUUUUUUUUUUCCCCCCCUUCCUUUUUUCUUUUUUUUGAAAUCUCCUUCCCAAAACAAACCCGCUCUCGACACGCUCCUCCCCGAGCACGCGUCCCAACGCGCGGAGGGGGACGUCGGAGAGGGAGCGAGGGCUGCGUGUUUUGAGGCAGGGGGAAGGAGAAGCAGAAAAAAACCAACAACCCCAAACCACCCCCCACCCCCCCCGUCCCCCCCGAGAGGCAGACCGAGGGCUGCGACUGCCGACCGAUCCCGAGACUGUUACCACACCUCGUCCCGGCACCCCGUCGGAAAGGAAUCGACGCGACGCGUUUCUCUCCUGACCACACGGCGAGAGCAUCUCGGUCUGAUUCAUUCAGCGCCGCUGCAAGCAGCAUGUUGACGAGGUUUCUUUUCCUUCGAUUUCGCUUCCUUGCCUCUGCGGAAAAGGUAGCUUUUCAAAGAAAAAAAACUCAGAAAAAAAAAUCCAACUCAGCACUAUUUUUUUUUCCCAAGGAAUGUAGCAUCUUCUAUUAUGUAGCUUGCCACGUGCUAACAACACACUCACUCUCUGCAAUAUCUAAGAGACUCCGGAUUGACCGGAAACAUCCGACAGUCACUUCCCGUUUGUUCGUUUUCCAACACGAAUCCUGCGACACUGAGCAAGCACUUCUGGUGGCCAUUUUUCUUUUUCUUUUUUAAUGUUUUUUUUUUUUCGAUAGCAUGUAGCCUGUGACCAGUGACAUUGCCAAAGCGAGAGAGAACAGAAAAAGGUGCACUCGCCUCACCAUAGCAUACGCUGGUCUUAUCCUCGUGUUUCACCACUGACCGUGGUCUUGUACAGCCAAAGCAAGACCCAAAAUAUAAACUCUGUGAUGCCUCACGUGAAAGUCAGGAGAAGGUGACCCGGCGGAGCAGGAACACCGUCACGCUGGUUGAUCGUCGGUCUCCCAGCCCCUUCGUCCCGCGAGGGCCAGCUCAAGGUCUGGGACGCUCUCCUGGGGUCUGGGGCGCUCUCCUCGAUACUUGAAUUCCAGGUAGGAGCGGAGGGUUCGCCAGACUGGGGGCAGGACGCACCUUUCUCUGACUCUUGACUUGUUGGUACGCUACAGGGGAACAUCUCAACAGCAUCUUCCGCUGAUCUGGAAUUAGGGUGACUGAGAGGUUACGAACAAAGGACUAGAUGCUUUGAAUUUAUUAUCAGGAUGAGUGUUUUGGGUUUUUUGUUUGUAUGUUUUGUUUGUUUGUUUUUAAAGCAGCAUUUUGGUUCCCCCCCAAGGGACCAGUUCUUGUAGCAAAACCGAGAAUUACGGAAGCUUUUUUUGAAGGUGCCUAAUGAAAUUUGCUGAAAAUACUCAGGGGAGACACCACUAGAAACUCUCGUUUCUUCAUAAAAUAUACUUAACGCAAUGACUGUCCUGAAGGAUCAGUUUCCAAAAGAGAGAAAAAACACCAACACACCAAAAGACGAGCAGUCUUGAGACUGGAAGAGGAAAAAGGUUAAUGGGGAAUUUUUACUGACCAGAUGGCUCUGACCUUCAGUCUUUAACACAAAUCAACCCACAGCACAGUUGGGAUUUUUUACAAUUAUUUACUGGCAAAGCAGAGAAUUUCACAAUGCACAGAGCACAACAAAACCAACCCCUGGUUCUCCUGGCGAUGCCAGGAACGAUGAACCAGCUCGACCCCAUUGCCACAACGGAACAAACCCAAACCUGAAGGAAAAGACUGUUGCGCUGAAGCUGUCCCCUCCACAAACCCAGAACUGGGGGGGUCAGCAAAA